AUGGCGUUUGCUGGGACAAAUAUCAGUUUGUCCCAGCCGGAUAUCACGCAGAAACUAACGGAGCGCAUAGACGACCUGAAGCAAAAGAUUGCCGCUUGGGGGAAGCGGAUUCGCCGAUUUACCGAGAGGUCAAGGCGGUUCAACCAGAAUCGUCUCUUCCAGAGUGAUCAGAAGAGGCUCUACAAAUCAUUGGAGCGACCAGAGGUAUGUGGAGCGGGCCCAGGACCGGAUCAGGCUAACACUGUCGCAUUUUGGCGUGGCCUGUGGUCAGAGCCCGUAAACCACAGCGAGGGCCCUUGGACGGAAGUUGUGGCGAGUCAGUGUGCGAGUAUUACGCCCAUGGACCCCGUCAUCAUAACGCCGGAUGACGUAGCUGAGGCGGUCCGUAGAGCCCCGAACUGGAAAAGUCCGGGACUCGACGGACUGCAUCACUACUGGCUGAAGGGGUUCAUGGUGUGUCACGCUGUGCUCGCCCGUCAGUUUCAAGAGGCUCUCAACCAGAAGUCGCUCCCUAGCCUCUUCACUACUGGGAUCACUCAUUUGGUUCCUAAAGACCAGACGAAUAAAGCAUACGAACUGUACUUGACUAGGCCGUUCCGACUUAUCAUCUAG